AUGGCUUCUACGGGCACCGUCACGCAGCUCUCGAUUCCGCUGCCCCACUCCCUCGACACCCGCAUCCACAUUCACCUCAGCACCAAGGCCAAGGUGGCAACCCUCUUUCUGACCUCAGUGACGCAAGACGAACAGUCGGGGCCAGCGGCACUUGGCUCGUUCGUAUACGCACUACCAAACAGACUUGAGCCGGCUCAGCCCAUCUCAACGGCCAUUUACUCUGUGGAGUCGACGCUGGAGUUCACAACGAGGAUGGCCAAGCUGCUAGCCAAGAGGGCCAACAUGCCCGUCUACGUAGGCUGCUCCAUCAACCUUGGCGGCGCGGCCAUGAGCCUUUCGGUAGAGGAGGAGAUGGAAGCAUUCCGGGCUAUCGUCGACGUCGUCACGGCAAAACUCAAGGGAGAGCCCGUGGUCAACGGUGCUUGA